AUGGAAGAAUUGUGGAUUCUUUCUGCGACUACAAUACAGUCUCGAUUCGAGAACCAAGAGCUGACUGUCGAAGAACAUGCUACUUCGCUCCUCCGUCGUAUCUUGGAGCGAGACCACCAUGUUAUUGACAACCCCUUACCUCAUGAGUUGUAUACACAUAAUGACACCGAUAUAGAUAUGCCGACGAGAUAUGGGUCUAAAAUACACAAGGACAGCUUUCCUGGUGCCGACGCCCCAGUCGUCUCAAUUCUGUGUAGCGCAGGAGCCCUCAUCCUCGGCAAGACAGCCACCACUGAAUUUGCCGCUACGUCUCGCGGAGGGCCAUGCGCGAACCCGCAUAAUCUGGAACAUACACCUAGAGGUUCGUCGUCCGGCUCAGCAGCUGCGGUGGCAGAUUUCCAUGUGCCUAUCGCCCUUGGCACGCAGAUUGGAGGGAGCAUCAUACGGCCGGGUUCGUUCUGUGGAGUAUAUUCUUUAAAGCCUACGUGGAUUGUGAUAUCAACAGAAGGCAUGUCGCGAUUUUUAAUAUCAUGCGACACCAUGGGCUUCUUUGCUCGAACAGUUAACGAUCUCCAACUUGUACUCGAGCCCUUUUUGAGUCCUAGCCUAGAUACGAACGCUUCACCUUCACCGGCCUCUCUACAGGGUGCGAGAGUAGCAUUCUUAAGAACGCACGUUUGGCCCAAGGCAGGGCCGGGAACACAAGGGACAUGGGAUAAAGCCCAUGAAAAACUCACCAACACAGGUGCAGUUGUGGAGGAUCCCGAACUGCAUGCGGACCUCUCUUCAUUUCCCGAACUUAUCAAGGCCAUUGUAUCGAAAGAAGCACAAUCAUCAUUCCAAUCUUAUAUGUCAUUUUCGAAAGACUUUACAGCCGAUCUGCUCAAAAGCUACGAUGAAGUUGCUCGUUUGCGACCGGUAUGGGAUGCCUGGGCCAGACAAUAUGACGUCAGCCUCACACCCAGCGUGCCGGACGAGGCUCCGCGGGGGUUGGACUGGACAGGUGACUCGUCCUUUUGCUCAAUGUGGACAUUGCUUCAUGUCCCGGUUCUGAACGUUCCUAUCGCACAUGGUGAGAAUGGUUUUCCGAUUGGAUUGUCAAUCGUUGGGCCACGAUACGGGGAUAUGAAGAGCCGCAAGAUUACUUGA